AUGGCGUAUGCGGAGCAGCAGCGGUGGAUCACUGUCCAGCAAAAGACAUUCACAAAAUGGCUUAACACAAAGGUUGAGGCGCGCAACAUUGUGGUCAGAGACCUCAUCGCAGACCUCAGCGAUGGCGUUGUGUUAAUCCAUCUUCUCGAAUGUCUCUCCAACGAAUCCCUCGGUCGAUAUGCGUCCAAGCCCAAGCUGCGUGUUCAACGAUUCGAAAAUGCGAACACGGCCUUGGACUUUGUCAAAUCGAAAGGGAUCCAGAUGGUCAACGUGGGCGCCGAGGAUGUUGUCAAUGGGAACCAGAAGAUAGUCCUUGGCUUGAUAUGGACGUUGAUUCUGCGCUUCACCAUCAGCGAUAUCAAUGAAGAGGGCAUGUCGGCCAAAGAAGGCCUUCUACUUUGGUGUCAGCGCAAAACAGCCUGCUACGAUGACGUGGAGGUACGAGACUUUAGUGCCAGCUGGAACGACGGCCUGGCGUUUUGCGCUCUACUCGAUAUUCACCGUCCCGACCUCAUAGAUUUUGACACCCUGGAUAAGUCCGAUCAUCGAGGCAACAUGCAGCGAGCGUUUGACAUUGCUCACGAGGAGAUUGGCAUCCCCAAGCUGCUAGAUGUGGAGGACGUUUGCGAUGUGCCCAAACCAGACGAGCGCAGUUUGAUGACAUAUAUCGCCUACUGGUUCCACGCAUUUUCGCAGAUGGAAAAGGUCGAAAACGCCGGCCGUCGCGUCGAGAAGUUUGUGAACAACAUGCAAGGUGCCUGGGAAAUGCAGAGCGCCUACGAGAAGCGAAUGAGAGCGCUUCUCAAAGCAAUCCAGGAGCAGGUCGAUUCCUGGCAGAACGCGGAGUUUGAGGGGACCUACGCCGACGCCAAGCGGCAAGCGAGCGAAUUCAACACAUACAAAAGGGGCCAGAAGCGCAAGUGGGUGGCCGAGAAAAGCGACUUGGCGACAUUGCUGGGGAACAUCAAGACCAAAUUAGGCACUUAUCGUCUCCGACCUUGGGAGCCGCCAGCCGAUCUCACACUGGAGACAUCUGAGCAAGUAUGGAGCAGUUUGUCGCAAACCGAGAUGAACCGGGCGCAGCUCAUCAACGAAACCAUCCGAGACAUCAAAAAUGCCCUGCGUAAGUCUUUCGCUGACAAGGCCAACGAUUUCGCCAUGGCCCUCAACACCAUGCAGCUGGCGAUAUCGGGACUCGAUGGCGAUGUUGAGGACCAAUUGCACCACGUGCGAAAGCUCAGCGACAAUCUAGCACCCAUGGACCGGUACCUAGAGACCAUUGCAGCCGUGGAUGAGAAAUGCGAAGAGGCCAACAUUGAAGAAAACGACUUCACCACCUACACAUACGAUGAGCUUUCCUACGAGCUCGGGUUGGUUAAAUCCUCUGUUCAGAAGAAGCUGGCUUUCCUGGAAAAUCAAAUGGUGGCCAGGAGCAUGACUAACCUCACGCCUAUUCAGCUUGAGGAAUUUGAGAGCGUCUUUCGCCACUUUGAUAGGGACGAGACCAACUCGUUGCAGGAGCUCGAGUUCGGAGCUGCCCUGGCGUCCCUGGGACUUGUCUUCUCCGAGGAAGAGAUGCACGAUUAUUUCAUCGAAACGUCAGCAGGUCGGGAUCACGUCACGUUUGAGCAGUUCAUCCGGUUCAUGGUGAACGUGACAGAGGAUCAGAACACGGCCGAGCAGGUCUUUCAGUCCUUCCGCGAGGUCGCCGACGGCAAGCCAUAUGUCACCGAGAUGGACCUGCGACAUAGUCUUGUGCCUGACGAGGUCAUCGACCACCUGGUGGGGAUUAUGCCUGAACACAAGGGUCCCAACACAGCAGAGGAUCGCGGGCUGCCACAGUACGAUUACAUAUCAUUCAUGGAGAAGAUGAUUGACGAGGAGCGAGGGCGGGACGGCGCUGCCCCGAAGGGCCUGCAGGACAGGACGGACCGCAGCAUCAGUCCGCGAAAGGGAGGAGCCCUUAAUGGUAUUUGA